AUGAUUCGAGAUUCUCAGGAUAAAGAAGAAGACGAAGAUCUUCAAGUCAUUCCUUCAAACUAUGUUCCUCCAACUCCUAAAGAGUUUACACCAUCCACUUUUAAGGAAGCAAUCCAAACCCCUGACUUUAAAAAGUUUUUGGGUAUUCUCGGUGCAGCAGGGACCAUUUUUUUAUUGCUUAUUACGACCAUGAUGUGUUAUGCUUUGGGGAAUUUACACCAUUCCACGACCAAAGUUCAUAACUUGCGAAUGCUUGCUGUUGAUCUUGAUGGAGGAGCAAUAGGAGCUGCGAUGAUUUCUGGGCUUGAGUCUGCACAAGCAUUGACAUUUCCAAGGUUUAUUGUGGAUAAUACAACGGAUCAUACACCUGAGUCAGUUUAUCAUGAAGUAUUUAAGGGAAAUUACUGGGGUGCAGUUUACGCCGCGGAGAACGCAACGGAGCAACUGCAUGCGGCCUUGGGGGACGCACAAAUUGCGGCGGAGUAUGACCCUACAACGGCGUUAUAUUAUGUAUGGAAUCAAGCACAUUAUACAUCCAUGUCAAAUGGAGUUAUUAAGAGCAGUCUGGUGUCGAUUGGUACAAUUACACAGCGGGCUUUGGUAGCAAUGCACGGACGAGCCAUGUUUGGGAUGGUUGGCCAAGACCCAAGUGAUGCGCAAUUACAAGUGUUGGGGACACCUGUGGAUUCGACGGAGAUAAACAUUCAGCCAACCCCGCAAUUGACUGCAUUUUUAUAUAAUACAAUUUGCAUGGUUAUUGUUAUUCUUAUUAUGUUUUUCUUUAUGUUGGGGACCAAUAUGAUUGCAGUUGAGAAUCAAAUUUAUGCAAAAGUCCGACCGUUGGUUAGUUUUGGGACCCGUCAUGGGUUUGCAUUUUUCUUUGGGUUUAUGUAUUCGUUAAUUGCUACAGGUGCAAUUUGGUGGUUCCGUGAAGGUUGGGUUGUUAAUGGAAAUCAAUUUGUAUUAACAUGGAUGUCAUUUUGGCUUAUGAUGGCUGUUAAUUUUGUUUUCCUUGACUGUUUUGCUUGUUUUUUCCCACCUGCUGUGUUCCCUAUUGUUGUUUUAACUUGGAUUAUUAUGAAUGUCAUGAGUGCUAUUGUUCCACUCCCAUUGACUCCUGGGUUUUAUCAUUGGAGUACUGCUCUUCCUGGAUUUAAUAUGUAUAACCUUAAUACGUCUAUUUGGGCUCGUGGAGCAUCACCCAUUGCUUACCGGGCACUACCUAUAUUGUUUGGAUGGCUAGUGAUAUCACUUGUCAUCAAUGUUAUUGGGCAUUAUAAGAGAUGUGAGGUAGCACGUAAGGCAGCAGGGAUUUCUUGUGUUGAUACUCGACAGAUUUUACGGGAAGCCAUGUGA